UUUCGACGGAACAAGGAUACCUUGUUCGCGGACUUCAUCGUUGCCAUUGCCUACCUGUAGCAUAUGCUAUACUCAGAAGAACGAUUAGCAUGUUCAAUAUCCAAUCUGAAAGCAGUUCGGUGUCUUAGUCAGAAUGAAGACAUCCAAUCUUGCUGUAGAGGGCGGGGAUUUGUCAGCAUACAGCAGUCAUGUGCCAGGUGAGUUCGGUCAUUCAACACAACAUGGACAAAGGUGUGUGUUUCUCAUGGUGUUAGGUGGCGCAGUGAGAUCCGCCAUGUACAGGAACGGCCCCGGGCAGGAGGCAACGGAGGCAGUGGGUCUGCCGUCAUGCCACAAAACCCUCAUCUGCACUGGCACCUCCAUCCAGCGCUGAGCCCCUGGAGGAGUUUGCACCGUGUAGGAGUGUCUGAAAGGCGACCCCGUCUCCCGUCAUGGCUCACUCGUCGGAUCCUUCCCGCCGGGACGCGACCCCCGGAACUAAGGGGUCAGGCUCGGCUACACGCCACCUCCUCCAGAAGCAGCAGAAGCGGCGCCGUGGAUUCCAGUCCUCGUCCCCCAUGGGCCGAGUCAUCCUCAUCAACUCCCCCGUGGAUGGGGGUGACGACAGUGAGGACAUCCACACAGUGACAGUGGAUAAGAGCGUGGACGGCAAGCUGGGGUUCAGUGUGCGGGGGGGCUCCGAGCACGGCCUCAGCAUCUUCGUCAGCAAGGUAGAGGACAGCAGCUCCGCAGAGCAGGCAGGCCUUUGUGUUGGCGACAAGCUGGUGGAGGUGAAUGGGGUGAGCCUGGAGAGCAUCACAAUGAGCAGUGCGGUUAAAGUCCUGACGGGGAACAACCGGCUGAGGAUGGUGGUGAGACGCGUGGGGAAAGUCCCCGGCAUCCGAUACUCCAAGGAGAAGACCACCUGGGUGGACCUGAUCCAGCGCAGGAUGGUGGUGGAGGAGAGUGGCCGUACGCCCUCAGCCUCGAUGGCCGGCUCGGACGGGGCCCUGCGGAGGAUCGUCCACCUCUACACCACCUCAGAUGACUACUGCCUGGGCUUCAACAUCAGAGGGGGCAAGGAGUUCGGCCUGGGCAUCUACGUCUCCAAACUGGAUCCGGGUGGGCUGGCUGAACAGAAUGGAAUCAAGAUGGGCGACCAGAUCCUUGCAGCCAACGGUGUCAGCUUCGAGGACAUCAGUCACAGCAGUGCCGUGGAGGUGUUGAAGAGCCACACUCACAUCAUGCUGACCAUCAAGGAAACAGGACGAUACCCUGCCUAUAAAGAGAUGGUGGCUGAGUACAGGUGGCUCAACAAGUUGGCCAAUGGCAGUGGGACCCAGCAGUCUUCCUCUCAGGGCUCAGGCUCCGCCUCCUCCGCCUCCUCCCGCUCCUCUGGGACUCCCGUCUCCUCUCUGAGCGGACUGUCCCAGGUCAUGUUCCCCCCUAGCCUGCCCUUCGGCAUGGACAUGGUGGACGUCUGCAUCUCUACCGAGGACCAGGCGCCCGGUUCCGACCACCACGCCGACGCCGCCAUCCAGACCGAGCCCUCGCCUCGCCGGAUGGCGGCGGACAUCAGCUGUGGCCUGGGGGCCACCACCCUCCUGCAGGACUCGGCCAUCCGAGGCGAGCAGGGCGGGGCAAGGGGACAGUCCCCCAAGACGUCCGUCCUCAUGGCCCUCAGCAGACCCAGCCAGCCAAUCCGCCGCUCCCAGAGCCAGGUCACCGUAGCAGAGGUGAAGCAAGGCAAACAGAAGAAACGGCAUCAGAAAGGUGGGAAGGACCCGGAGGGGAGGAGCACUCUGCAGCGCUCCAAGACCUUCGUCAACCUACUGUUCCGGGGUCGCCGGAAAGACACCUCCAAGGGGCGCUCCAAGUCCCCCUCCAAAUCUGAGGCAGGCAGAGAUGGGGAGCUCGGACACCAGCCUAGCGUGCCAGACCCGGAGAUGCUGGGGGUGGUGGAGAGCAUGUCCCGCAGACUGCUGAGUGAAGAGGAGGUGGCUUCUGUCAUGAAUAUCUGCCGACGGUACAUAGCCGAGGGUGCUGUGGACAACCUGGUACGCCACCUGCUGGCCGUGUUGGACCGGCCGGAGAAAGUGCUGCUACUCAGAGAGAUCAGAAUGUUACUCCCGCCAGCUGACCUUAGCCUUUUCAACAAAAUGGUGGUCCCAUUUGAAGUGGAGGCCUAUGAUGUCUUGAAGUACCGUUCUGUGAGAUCCCCACCCCUGCGUUCCCCCCAGUUUGGACGAGCCCCCAGACGACACCUCAUCACUCCCAUCCCAGACCUCCAGGGGGGGUUUGAACUUCACAGUGCCCAGGAGGUGGAGAGGGAGAGCCAGUUCCUGGAGGAACUGGAGAGGCUUCGUCUGUCUGUGCCUCGGAGCCCCCGGGAGCAGCACGUGUACACCUCCAGAACCUUCACCCCUCUGCUAGACGUCCCCGUGGACGGCUACGCCUCCCCAGACUCCUUAAACCCCCCUUCCAUCAGCCCCCUGGUCCCCAACUGGCUGCUGGCCCACAGCAACCCCACCAAACCCCGCCCCCCCCUACAUGGAGACGGUGGUACGGUCCGCUCUGUCCACUUUGAUGACAUGUCAAUGGACCAGGGAGAUACUGUUUCAGAGCGGGGCAGGUCGCCGUUCAGGAAAGGGACUUUUAAGGGUAAAAAGUUGAAAAGUGAUAAAAGGGAGAAAGAAACCGUGUUUACUCUGCAGAGCGCUCCUCGACGGAGCAGGCCGCUGUUGUCCCAGGUGUUUGGCUCUGGCCUAGACUCUGACUUCACGGCAGAGGGGGUGGAAAUAGCGCGGGUGAACGGCCGUCCCAGCUCUUCCGAAGUCUCCAGCAGUGGCGCUCCUGUCACUGAGUACGAGCUCAAAACUGUCAGCAUCUCCAAGACUAAGCAGUCACUGGGUAUCAGUAUCUCUGGUGGGAUGGAGUCCAAGGUCCAGCCGGUGGUGAAGAUCGAGAAGAUCUUCCCAGGAGGAGCUGCCUCUACCUGCAAAGUCCUCAAGGCUGGAUUUGAGCUGCUGUCCGUGGAUGGAGUGUCCUUGCAGGGCGUGACUCACCCGAACGCUGUGGAGAUCAUCCGCAGGGCCUUCAGCAACAAAGCGAAAGACCCCAUGGUGUUCAUAGUCAAAGUCCCUAAAAACCCUUGACUGGAGUGGCUCACUCCACAGAGAAAUGUGACAUUGGCCCAGAGGCCCCAGACAUGAAGCCAAGGAGCUGCACAAACAGAAGUUCCACAGAGGACCCAGCUGAAAUGUUGCAAGAUGGCCCGAAGAGGAGUGAACGGUUUCCUCUGCAGUGGACACACAGGGAUUUGACCAGUCAAACUAAGGGACUAAAGACCUGUAGCUGCACCAGCCAUUGACAUUUGGGCUUCUUAGAGUUCACACAAUCCUCCCCUUAUCAUUGUCUUUUGUAUUAUCAGGAUUGUAUCAGACGCCUUUACAAAAUAUGCAAAAAUAGACAUUAUAGAUAUUCUUAAUUUAAAAAAAAUGCUAAUUUAUGCUAAUUGUAACAUGAGUGCAUUCCAGGCCAGACCACUGUAUUCUCAACUAAUGGUUUAGGCCACAGGCAUCUGACCAAUUCAACAGUGUAUAUGCUGGUUUUUCCUUUCAGUUGGUGCCUAAUUAAAACCAUUGCAACCAG